GAAAAUCUGCAUUAGUACUUUUUUCCGCAGAUGCUGCCUGGCCUGCAGAACUCCUGCAGUAUUUAGUGUGUGUUGCUUCCUUUACCUCCUCUUGCUCUGGACUUUUCGACCGAUGUGCGGCCAACCAGUCAUUUCAGCGGGAAUUUUUUAAAUGGCGUUAAAAUUGUGGCAUUUUGUUAAUAAUACACAAGAGAAGAUCCCAGCUGCACGUCAAGAAAGACAAUUUGCAUGAGAGUGUUUCAGUCACUGUGGGACAAGGAACACAUGCCGCUCAGCAGGAGCCGGGAAUAAUACCAAUGGAGGGAGUCAAAAUGAGCCAGGUCACAGAUUGGAGACGACAGAAAUGCCCCAUUCUGAUAGAGACAGGAAGAGCAUCAGAUAAUUGAUGGUCAUUCCAGAUACCAGCACUCUGCCCAGUCAGGAGAUGAUUUCUCUGUCCAACUUGGGGUGAACCUCACUGUAACAGUGUGAUACCAGAUCAAACCUUGGCAACUCAAGUAAUCUCAUCUGAAAUGUUGUCCUAAACCCAUUGAUGGAUUUUGUAAAUUUUUUUACAGGUUAAAAAUGAGAAGGAAUUCAUCUCCAGGAAGCUCAAACACGACACGCCAGUUUUGUUGUCUCUGCCUAGAUACUUAAGAAGUGGAGCAAGGGAUCCAAUUGUCCACCCUUCCUGCUCAGACUGUAGGGAGGAAUUCACUCGGUGAUUUUGACCAACUGGCACGCCCAUCAUUUUACACAGGAAAAAGGACAUUCACCUGCCCAGACAGUGGGAAUGGAUUCACUCGGUCAUCUCAACUAAAGGUACAUCAGCAAGUUCACACUGGAAAAGGCCAUUCACCUGUUCUGUGUGUGAGAAGGGGUUCAGUUGGUCAUCCCACCUGUGGACACACCAAUCAGUUCACACUGGGCAGAGGCUGGUCUUCUGCUGAAUUUCUGGGAAAGGAUUCACUCUGUCAUCUGACCUAAUGGCUCACCAGCGAGUUCACACUGGGGAGCGGCCGUUCACCUGCUCAGUCUGUGAGAAGAGAUUUACUCAGUUAUCCAACCUACAGAGUCACCAGCGAGUUCACACUGGGGAGAAGCCAUUCACGUGCUCAGUCUGUGAGAAGAGAUUUACUCAGUUAUCCAACCUACAGAGUCACCAGCGAGUUCACACUGGGGAGAAGCCAUUCACGUGCUCAGUCUGUGGGAAAGGAUUCACUCUGUCAUCCACCCUACUGGUACAUCAGCGAAUUCACACUGGGGAGAAGCUGUUCACCUGCUCAGACUGUGGAAAGGGAUUCACACUGUCAUCCCGCCUACUGGUACAUCAGCAAAUUCACACUGGGGAGAAGCCGUUCACCUGCUCAGUCUGUGAGAAGAGAUUUACUCAGUUAUCCAACCUACAGAGUCACCAGCGAGUUCACACUGGGGAGAAGCCUUUCACCUGCUCAGUCUGUGGGAAAGGAUUCACUCUGUCAUCCACCCUACUGGUACAUCAGCGAAUUCACACUGGGGAGAAGCUGUUCACCUGCUCAGACUGUGGAAAGGGAUUCACACUGUCAUCCCGCCUACUGGUACAUCAGCAAAUUCACACUGGGGAGAAGCCGUUCACCUGCUCAGUCUGUGGGAAAGGAUUCACUCUGUCAUCCACCCUACAGAGACACCAGCGAGUUCACACUGAGGUGAAGCCAUUCACCUGCUCAGUCUGUGGGAAAGGAUUCACUCUGUCAUCCACCCUACAGAGACACCAGCGAGUUCACACUGAGGUGAAGCCAUUCACCUGCUCAGUCUGUGGGAAAGGAUUCACUGUGUCAUCCAUCCUACUGGUACAUCAGCGAAUUCACACUGGGGAGAAGCCAUUCACCUGCUCAGUCUGUGGGAAGAGAUUCACUGACUCUUCCACCCUACGGAGACACCAGCGAGUUCACACUGGGGAGAAGCCAUUCACCUGCUCAGAAUGUGGGAAGCGAUUCACUCUGUCAUCCACCCUACGGCGUCACCAGCGAGUUCACAGUGGGGAGAUGCCGUUCACCUGCUCAGUGUGUGGGAAAGGAUUCACUGACUCUUCCACCCUGCAGAGACACCAGCGACUUCACACUGGGGAGAAGCCGUUCACCUGCUCAGACUGUGGGAUGGGAUUUACUCAGUCAUCUCACCUACUGAGACACCAGCGAGUUCACACUGGGAAGAGGCCAUUCACCUGCUCAGAUUGUGGGAAGAGAUUUACUCAGUUAUACAACCUACAGAGUCACCAGCGAGUUCACACUGGAGAGAGGCCAUUCAUCUGCUCAGAAUGUGGGAUGGGAUUUGCUCAGUCAUCUCACCUCCUGAGACACCAGUCAGUUCACACUGGGGAGUGGCCAUUGAACUGCUCAGAUUGUGGGAAGGGAUUCCCUCGGUUAUCCCAACUACUGGGACACCAGAAAGUUCACACUGGGGAGAGGCCUUUCACCUGCUCAGAAUGUGGGAAGGGAUUCAGUAAUUCAUCCCACCUACAGAGACAUCUGCGAGUUCACACUGGGGAGAAGCCAUUCACCUGCUCGAACUGUGGGAAGGGAUUCAUUCAAUUAUCUGAUCUACAAAAUCACCAGCGAGUUCACACUGGGGAGAGGCCAUUCACCUGCUCAAACUGUGGGAAGGGAUUCACUCAGUUAUCCACCCUACACAGUCACCAACGAGUUCACACUGGGGAGAAGCCAUUCAUCUGCUCAGUCUGUGGGAACGGAUUCAGUGAUUCAUCCGCCCUACACCGUCACCAACGAAUUCACACUGGGGAGAAGCCAUUCACCUGUUCAGAAUGUGGAAAGGGAUUCACACAGUUAUCAAGCCUACGCAGUCACCAACGAGUUCACACUGGGGAGAGGCCAUUCUCUUGCUCAGACUGUGGGAAGGGAUUCACACAGUCAUCAAGCCUACACAGUCACCAACGAAUUCACACUGGGGAGAAGCCGUUCACCUGCUCAGACUGUGGGAAGGGAUUCACGCUGUCAUCUAAUCUACUGAGACACCAGCGAGUUCACACUGGGUAGAGGCUGAUCACCUGCUCAGUCUUUGGUCAGAGAUUUUCUCGGCCAUCUCCACCAAAUGUGCAUGACUGUCAAGUCAAACUUGAGUUUCAGGAAGGUAUCAAGGAAGAGCAAGAAUUCACUGGCAGAGAGGACGGAACCUACUGCCUGAGGGCGGUUUCUGCCCAGAACAUUUGGGCGGACCCCGCAGCGUCACAGUGGCAGUCCGAGAGCAGCGUCACAUCGGCAGCCAGGAGCAGCGUCACAACCCGCGGUAAGAUGCCGAACUUUAAAUAAUUGUUGAAACUGUUUCAGGGAAAGGAGCACUGCUGUCACUGCGUUUGGGUGAACUCCGCCACCGGGAUCAUCGCAUGCAGGGACUUCUUGAAACCGGUGCGAGGCUUAAGAAGAGCUUGCGAACCUUCGAGAGAGUUCACCCAGUUUGGAACCAUAACGGUCCAGUAGAGAAACAGAGGUGCAGGUCCAAAAUCAUCUCCAAAGUCCGAGAGGCAGCCAGUUUUUCACCUGAUCCUAAUGCUAAUGCUACUGCCACUGACUUAUGACUAUCCUUGACUAGACUAAUGACUGACUUACCGCUGA